UAACAGGUAGUCGUCGUGCGCUGCUCCAAUGGAUUUGCGUAGAGCACCCGGACCUCGUCGUUGCUUCGCCCGUUACCUCUCGUAGAAGUAGGAGAGGACGACAGGACGGGAUGGAUAGAGAGGACGGCAUCGCCGGAGACCAGAGGAAAGAGAUGGCGUCGCAGCCGCGGGUGUGCGUCACCGGAGCCGGCGGGUACAUCGCCUCGUGGCUCGUGAAGCUGCUCCUCGCCCGCGGCUACGCCGUGCACGCCACCGUCCGCGACCCAUGUGAUCCAAAGAAUGCAUAUCUCAAACAAUUAGACAAGGCCCUGGAAAAUCUCCGUUUGUUUAAGGCAGACAUGCUCGACUACGACGCAGUGGCAACUGCGUUUGUCGGGUGCGAUGGUGUCUUCCAUCUUGCCUCUCCAGUGCCCAUAGACAAGAUGGUUGAUAAAGAGAAAGAGAUGAUGGCUCCUACUGUUAAUGGCACCAUGAAUGUGCUUAAGGCUUGCUCUGCUAUGAGCGUUCAAAAACUUAUUGUGGUUUCAUCCGGCACUGCUAUUACUUUGAACCCAAAUUGGCCUCUAGAUAAACUGAAAGAUGAGAAUUGCUGGUCAGACAAAGAGUUCUGCAAGGAAAAUGAGAUCUGGUAUGCCCUUGCCAAGACGGAAGCUGAAGAGAUGGCCCUGGAAUACGCAGAGAAAAAUGGAUUACAUGUCAUUACAUUUUGCUCCGGUGCGGUCUUUGGCCCACUGUUGCAGGCUGAUGUGCUCAAUAUUACCACCAAAUUCCUCCGCUAUAUCAUAAAAGGAGGUCCUGACACAAUAAAUAACAAAUUCUGGCCCAUAGUAGACGUCCGUGAUGUUGCUGAUGCACUACUGCUGUUAUACAACAAGGCAGGACCAUAUCAGAGGUACAUAUGUUCAGAACACCAAAUCGACGUAAAAGAUUUGGUGGAUUUGAUGAAGAGCAUGUACCCCAGCUAUAACUAUGCAGACAAACUGGUUGAUGUGGAUUAUAAGCUUGGGAUGAAUUCAGAUAAACUUAAGAAUCUAGGAUGGAAACCGAGGAAGUUGGAGGAGACACUCGUAGAUAGCGUCGAGUCAUAUGAGACAUCAGGAAUCCUUAAUGUGGAGGAGGAACCUUGUCGUGUUCCGUAUUUCUACCGUAUGCCACCUGUCCUGGAGUGAAUGGACAUUGAUGUUCACCUAUUGUCGUGUCAUGGUUUCUACAUUUGCUUGAAAAUUGAAACUUCACCAGAUGUAUUUCGUAAAACAGAAAUAAGGCUCACAAGUUAACCAUG